CGCAUGGAGAGAGCGGGCACGGCGGCGGGCUGCGUUCUUUUCUUCCACCUUCCUCUCAUCUCUGGAAGCUCCACUGGUAUUGGAAUAGGCAGUAAUUAUUCCAAUCUCCCGCUUCCCUCCAACAGGAGCGGCUCGAGCGGCGAAUUCCCCGGCUAUGGAGAGAGCGGCAGCGACUCCAGCCUGCUGGUUUCCCCGCUGCUGGUGGCGGGGGUGGUGAUCGGGCUGGUGCUGUCCCUGUCCUGUGCCACCAUCGUGGUGGGCGGCCUGCGCAGGGACGGGCGGCUGCGGCACCCCCGGCCCGGCCCGGGGGCUGGGGACGCUCCAGAUGGCUUCUCCCAUGGUGGCUCUUCUGGAGAGCUGAGAUCCUCCUGCACCGAGGAGUUUCCCCAGGCUUGUGACUUUGGUUCCUACCUGGACAUACUUUCUCAGGUCAACAUGAUGUACCCUGACCCACCUCCACGCUAUGAUGAAUGUGUGGGACCAGGAGCAACACAAAUAUAUAUUCCCACAGAUGAUCCCCCCCCAUAUUCUCUCAUGGACCCUUGUCAAAGAAAUGAAAUACCUAUAAAUAUCUAUAUUAGCCAGGAAGAGGAGGCAGCAUCUGGGACUACAGGACAGGCUGCAAAUUCUGCAGUCAGGCUGCAGGACUUGCAGCAGCCCAUUCCAUCAUCUCUGUCAUCUCUCACCCUGGAGGCUACGCCCCUGUUCAAGACAGUGGGGUGUGAACAGAAUAUCCCCAUCCCACAUGUUCCAACAGAAGUACAGAGCAGUUCUUCCACUAUCAGGCCCCAAAUCAUGUGAACAGAAGUGGCUCUUUCCUUCAAUUCUUCUGAAGAUCUCAGACCAACAAAAACACUUCAAUGGAAGAAUAAAACCUCUGGAAGUUUUACCUAUUUUAUAUCUUUAAACAGGGAUGCAACGGGAUUUUGUUUUUUACAGUGACUUUUUAAAGUUUACCUAAACUUUCCUCUUUGUGCUUCAAAGUGUUCCAUGACCUCACACAGCAUAAAAGAGCAGCAGUGACAAGCAGUACACCUGACCUUCCUGAAGCAUUUCAAAACACACUGAAAUCAGACACUCCUAAUGCAGAUAUGUUACCCAGUCAAGUCUACUUGUUGAUUUUAGGAUACUUUGCAUGUUUCAGAGCAGAAGGAAAAAGAAGAGCAUUUUAUUGUCAUUAAAGGUAUCACAAGUACAUUUCAUUCCGUUUCUUGGCAACAAAGCAUUUUUAAAUAAUUUUUUGGUCUAAGUAUGUAUUUCAGUGUAGAGAGACAAGGCACUGCCUAAAACAGACGGUGAACAGUACCAUAGAGAAGCAAAAGAAAAAGGGAGUGCAAUGUUUGGAUAGCCACAAUUUUCCUUUGGUGCCAGACUUUCCAGACCAUUGCAAAGCCUGCUGUAAGUCUUCCUCAAAGAAACCAUCAGCAAGUGAUGGAGAAGUGGCAGUGGAUGCUCAAACACCAGUUGGCUUUACCUACAGAAGUGCAGGCCUGGGAGCUUCAUGGCCUUCAUGGGGACUUGCCGUAGCCAAGAGAAGGGCACAGGAAUCCCAGAGGAUGCUUUAUGCCAAUUCCCACCCAGGAUGCAUUUUCAGGCAUGACCUGGGCUCUUCUUUUAAUAAGGGGUUGCAGUUUUGCUGCAGUGGCCUCUAGGAACUGAUGAUGCCAAGCCCCAGGACCCUGCAGCACCCUGCUGUGCCCAGCUCCCCUGGUGCUGGGAACACCCCUAAAGGACAACACACCCCAGAGAUCCUGCUGUUCACCUGAGGUGCACGUGUGCCAGAGGAAGAGCCGCUUUCCUCUCUUCCUUUUCAUGGCCCAGCAAAACAAGUUGCAAGACUGGGACUAGAGGACAGCCCUGAGAUCAAAGGGUGAGCAAUGAGCACAGUUCCACCUGACUGCCUUAAAAUAGUUUGGAUCCUACUGUUCACUUCUGCCUGGAAUAGUCCCACUCCUCAUCUGGAAGCUGCUGUGAGUCUGGCUGAGGACAGACACAACCCACACAGAGAGCAAGGGGAACUCAGCCCUGUGCUUUCCUUGGGGGAGCACCCUUGGGAAACUUCUUGGCUGUGUUGUUUUGGAACUGGUAACUGCAAGAAAACCAAUCCCUCUUGUGUUUGCACUAAACAUUUUUAAAUCAUUUUUAAGUUCUCUGUCUAAUGGAAAACCCCUGGGUAUCUACAUCUUCAGUGAGCACCACUCAGCAGAGUUAUCAGAGGCACAUUUCCACUAAAUCUUAGGGGUAUUUUCACUGAAAUUAAAAAAAAAAGGUUUUUUUACACUUGCAGAAAGGACUUCAUUUCCUAUUUCCACCAAAGGAUACAUAAAACUGAGUAUAGCAAAUCUAUAAUUGUAUUCAAAAGGAACCAUCAUCCAAAUUAUUAAAAUUGCACUUAGAUUUUCUGUAAAUACGGAAUGAUUUUCAACUGUAAUCAUCAUUCAACACUCCAAGGAUUGACACAGUUAUAAUUAAUACUUAGAUGGGAAGUAAUUAUAUGCUUCUUUCUGCUAUAUAAAUUAUACCAUUACUGAGUCAUAUGCACACGAUGAGGUGAGGUGAGGUAAGUAUGCAUUUUUUGUUAAGUAGAUGACAGUAAAUAUGUAUUUUGCUAAAAUAACAGAAUUCUUUUGCAGUUCAGUAAGAUUUUCAAUAUUCUCAGUGUACUCUACCCAAAAGAACAAAAAUACACCAUUUUGCAUUGCAAAACUGCUGGCAGGCAUUGGCACAAUGUAGGCUAUAUUUCAUAUUUUUAUUUUUUAGCAGAGAGAACAAUUCCUCUAUACAAAGUACUAUUUAAACAGUUUUGUGGUACACAAAGUAUCCUGCAAUAAGAGAAACAAACCCCUUCAUCACCUAUAAGGGACCAGGGAUGAAAACCAGCCCAGAAAUGCACCAGUCAGUUUUAUUGGCAGGAAACUCAGAAGUGAAGGAAGGCACAGAGGUUUGUUUCUGCAGCAGAGGAGCUGCUCUCAGAGCUGUGCCUUCCUGCAGCUCUUGGAAACCUGCCUGGAACACGGAAAGGCCACGGGACCAGCCCAGCUUCCUUCAGGCUCGGGCUGGGGAGGUGCAGGGGGAAAUCUCAUCCACAGAAAUUAGAAGGCAAAUGUAAUUUCUUUUGUCCUCACAGCGAGCCUCUUAUGCAACAUGACAAACAUGGACAUUGCAGACAAGCACAGAGGGCUCUUCACACGUGGCACACAAUGUGUCUGUGCAUGGUGGGGGACCCUUUGGACCUAUUUGGCUUUUAACCUUUUUAACAGGGAUUUCCUGCCCUAAGUCUCUAUCUGUAGUUCACAAAACAAGGUGAUUUUAAGCGGACCUCUGAUGAAAAUGGGAGAUGGACAUUUUACUUCAUGACAGCAAUGCAUUAGGAAGGUUAUAGAAAACUAAUCAAAGUCUUUCAUCCUUUGGUAAUAUUGAAGCAUCCCCAGCACUGUGGACUGUCAGCGGCAGCGUUUCUCACACUCUGCUCCCUCUGGUGGUGUGAACCACUGCAGAAAGUCUGGGCAUCCUCACAGCACGGAUUCACCAAAAUAAUCAGAUCAGUCCCAGCUGCCUGGUCACACGGAUAUGGAGCCACCCAAAUCAUACACUGCCAUACUGUAGCAUUUUCUAAGUUAUCACUGAACACAAGGGUUUUUCAUUCAUUGCAAACAAAUAUCUUUAAAAAACAAACUGUGAACUAAAGGCAGAGUGAUACCUUACCACGAUCACCUGCAAGAGUGGCUUAGAAUUCUCUGCUCUUGUUAAUGUUUUUAACUGAGUGAUGUCCAACAAAGCUGUGGGGGGAAAAAAAGUCUUAUAAAUCCAACCAAAUACCUCUGCAAACAGACAGCACUAGAAAAAGAAGUUUUAGCUCUAAAACACUACAAAGAGAAGUUUGCAGCUCUAGAGCUGCUCCAACAGCUUCCAACACUGCUACUGCAACAGUGAUGAGAUUUGUUGUAAUGAUGCAAUAAGAACAUGUUUUAAUUUCUUUAAGAAUAUUUAAGAUCUCAGAUAAAUCUCAGCAAAGUGGGCAGUGUCUCUCCUGAUGCUGCUCUUAAGAAAUUCCUAUUCUGCUGUCAGAUUUUAUCCUAAACUCUUGGAAAAUUCUAAUGCCAGUGCUAAAAGCCAGGUUUAACACAGAGCUUUCAUUUCUUAUAUGACUAAUAAACUGCUUGGCCAUGCUGUUCCUUGCUAUGUGAUCACAAUCCUGUAUUUCUGUAGUCACCUCUUUUGGUUCUACUUUUAGUACUGAUCUUUACACAGAACUUUUAGUAAAGAACAUCCACUCUU